CAUCAGUCAACGGACGGCUCGACACAAGCCUUCCUCCGUUGUUCACUGUCCAAGCUCAUACAUUCAUUCUUGACCGAGAAGCAGGGAUCACCUGCACUAGUCCUUCUCUUCCUUUGAAGCAGCACACCAGUAUUAGUUUAUUGCUGCCUGUUCGCAAGGAACGAAGAGCCUUUCAGGGUCCUGAGAGAAGGUGGAGUGGAGAGACGGUGGGGAAAGCGGCAAAGGACGUACUCACCUAAACGUCAGGUUUCCUGUCAUCAACGCAGGGCAUUGCUGGAGAGUAACAUUCGUAGCUAUGCUCACAGAUAUACACCAGAACUGAUGUGAGCUGCAAGCCGUGAUUGAGUUCUGCCCUGCUAUCGCAGUAUCGGAGUUCACUUCGCUACGAAGCAUCAAAGGAACACAGUGCCAGGCGUUCCUGUCAGUGCGAAGGUGGCAGAAGUCCAGAAAGCGCCUCAUGUUUGUGUGAAGUGACGGCAGCGGCAGACCGACAUCGCUGAUUUCGGUGUGUACGCACACUAUCGUGUCAGUAACCGGUGGUGGUGGUAGUGUUGGCAGUGGCAGUGUGUAUCGACACGGCGUGAAGUGCUGCUGCAUCUGCUGUGGACCUAUGUCUGCUGGCGGCGUGCAACUAUCCAGUAGAUCCUCAAUCAAUAUGGCUGUCUUCAAGCGCAGUCGCUGGAAAUCGGUUUGUGAUCGCGGUCCGUUCGGUGUGUUUUGGAUGUUGUUUCUUGUUGCCUUUUCCAUGCGCAUUGGCGGCAGUUUGGGGAAUGGAGACGGCAGCCUCGCGACUGUGGAUUCAACAGGGCAGUGGUCCGAAGCUGGCGGUGAGACGGAGAUGACGACUGACAAGGGGCUUUCGGACGUGUUACCAGCAGAUAGUAAUGGUUAUGGUGAGCCGGCGGUUCCUGGGAAGUCGCUAGUCCUUGCCCAGCAAGCACCAGCGCAGAUCGACUUUCGCCAGCUGCCCAUUCUUGAUGUUACUAACGUCACCAACACAACUGCAAGGGUCAUUUGGAGUGCUGUUCAGCAAGCAGUGGAUGUGUCAGUUGUGCUUGAGAUGGUCUGGUACCCAGACGGUAAAAAGGACUCCAAUCACACGGCAGAUGACAGUAAUUUUGGAAGGGAAGAAUUCAACCUAAUCAGCCGAGCUGGUCCUGGCUCAUACCUGCUAAGAAACCUUACUCCAGGCGUGCGUUUCCAGCUAGAAUUCACCUACUGGAGUCAAGAGGAAGAAUUGCAGCGUUUACAGGUGCCGUUCAUCACCAACAAGAAGCCUGAAGUCGUUUGUGCAAGCACAACGUUGAUCGUGGAAGCCCAAACUACAGCUACAAUGUUCUGCAAUGUGUCUGGUUACCCUAUCCCAUCCAGUCUGGUCAAUGCUCCCUUUGCUAGGACACUUUACUUGGAUCAAGACCUCAGGACUUCCAUGACGCUAAAAUUUGUUAACGUUACACGGGAAAUGACAGGCGUGAAGUGCAUCGAAGCCAGCCACAGAGAUGAAAAGAUGCAGACCUGCUUUCAUCUGUCCCUGAAAAACAUUGAAUGCAAUCAUCUCUUCCACUUGCCCGCUAUCAUGCCAUACUUCAAGAAGAGCAUGAAAUCCGAUAGCCACACCAAACCAGGUGCCAGGUUUUACUACGAGUGCAAGAAGGGCUUUGUGUUGGUUGGCAGCCACGUUCGUGUUUGCCAGCCCAACGGGCAGUGGAGUGGUGCACCAGCUCAGUGUGCAACUCCCUUCGCGGUCACCUUGUCAGUGAAGUACAGCGACGGGCAUGUGCUGCGGCUCGUUGCAAACCAAAAGCACGAGCGGAUUGAAUGUCAUGCGCAUGGGCUGCCCACCCCAAGUCAUCUGAGAUGGGAAGUGGAGUUUGCGGAACACCGGCACAACGAGUGGCGUUCCAGAGGGAAGACGAACGCAUCCACCGGCGUAGUGGAGUGUGUUCCUGAUCAAAUGUGUCAGAUACGGCCCAAGAAAAGCCUCCUCACAAGUGAUGUCAUCACAUGCAGGGCGGGUAAUACGGUACCCACGCGCGAAGGUCGCAACACGACGACAGAGGAAAGCGUCUCCAUACACAUCAAGAUUGUUGGACGCUACGGCAUCGUGGAUGAUUUGAGAAGUAUACCUAUUGGACAGACAACAGACGUUGACUGUCAACGCCCUGAAAAGUUCGAGGACACCAAGUAUGACGCAUUCUGGGUGAGGCUAGACGGACCUACAUUGGCGCAGUGGCGAGAGGAUCAUCGCAAGGAGAUCGUGGAUGCAUACUUGGCGAGUGUGGAACACAUGAACGAGUCCUUCCUAGUUGAGAACGCCACGACGGCAGUGAACGGUUAUUACGCCUGCUUUGUAGAGAAGCGUCGGGGUUUAAGCAUUCUAGUUCAAACCCUGGAGCUCAAAGUACAAGUGCUUGAAAUCACUGCCAAGGAGACUACUCCCACCAAGCACAGUGUCCAUCUUGGUAACACAGCUAGACUGCGGUGUGAGGCCAACGGUGCUACGCAAAUCGACUGGCUGGUCAAGACCGCGAACAAGGGUCUUGUACCAAUUGAGAGCGAUCCCUUCUACCAUUCCCGACUUCUGGUACGGACAGACAGCAGGCAAGCCGGACUGGUGAGCCUCUCCGAGCUGGUCAUCCCACUCAUGCAAGCUGGCCUGGAGGGGCAGUAUGUGUGUUCGGCGACCAAUGGAUACGUGUUUGACGAGAUGGAGCAUGACCUGAUGAUGUUUGCAUGGGGUACUUGCAAAGCUGUGGGUGACGAUCGGCUGCAAGCUCGCUGCGGCAAACUUUUGGGCAUGGACACUAUGUUCGCAUUCAACACUUCACCUCUGCCACAUCACCAGCAAAUCCUGCACCACAUCCUGGUCGCUUUUCAGUACAUCAAGCCAUCUCUGGAGUGCCAGCAUGACAAGGAGAAUGCUGAGCGUUUCCUGUGCGCCGCCGCAUUCCCCGGUUGCGUGGUAACUGAGCGUGCCACUUCUAACGAGUCUUGGCCACUGGGCUACUGUCAGCAAGACUGCUUAGCAUUGCAGACAGGUGCCUGUGCAGCCGAGUGGCGAAUGCUGGCCGAGCAGUUUGACCUGGAUGAUGUGUGUACGCAAUACCAGUCACUGCUGACUGAGCUGCGAAGUAACCCUACUAGCUGCACCAGCACUAGAGAGCAGGUUGCUGUUCAGCCAUCAUUCAAAGACGAGGGUUGCUAUUGUGACAAGGGACAGCUCUAUUCCGGCACCAAAUCCCAUGCACAGAACAAACUGACCUGUCAGCCCUGGCAAGGCAAUAAUACUUUGUACGUGGAUCAGGCACUGGAGGAAAACCACUGUCGCAAUCCGAAUGGUCUUCGUUCCAGGCCAUGGUGUUUCACGAGGGACGCACAGUCGAUCGUGUCCGAUUGCAAUUUGCGUAGGUGCAGCAACGACAUUGCCAUAUACUGCAAGGAUGAAGACUGGCUGCGGGAACAGCUGCCUGUGUGCGCGGGCUUUGAAGUCUACCGUGGCCAGCGUGUGCGCCUUUCCAAUGAGGUAUCCCUUGGUCACCUGAACCGAACACUGCAUGUCAUUAGCACAGGCGCCACUGGUUUGUCAGCGACAUGCAGCGAUCAUUUGAAGCAGUUGCUGUGCCUUUCAUUUGCCCGUGUGUGCAAUCGGCAAGCCGCUGGGCACUGUGGUGUUGUCCACCCACCGUGCAAGUCCUACUACGAAACCUUCAAAGUCGAGUGUGCACAGGUUUUGUCCUCACUCAGCGGAACCAAAGAAAUGCAGCAUCUGCUGGAGACAUUCCAGCGGCAAUUUUCCAAGGAGCCGGACCAGGAGGCAAACGCUCCAGAAUGCAUCCAGUUGCCAAUGCCGACAAACAACUUGACUCUUGCAGCUGAGGGUUCUGUAGAUUGUCUCCACCCCGACGAUCCAGUCGGACAAUCCUACCGUGGUCAACUCAGCACGACGAUCUCUGGUCACGCGUGUCAGCCGUGGAAGUCUUCCUAUCCCCACCAGCCAGCGCCGCACCUUCACAACGGACUGGUCCCGCACCUUGAUGGCAAUGCCUGCCGCAACCCGUUUGGCUCCAGACCUAGGCCCUGGUGCUACAGUACCAACACGAAGCACCGCUGGGAGAGUUGCAGCAGCGAACUAGCGCCAUGCGAUAUCCAGCCAACAACCCAACCACAGCGAGCUGAAGGAAACGCAACCGGCACUGUUCUAGCCGUGUGCAUCGGUGCGUCCAGCGUGUUUCUCACCAUUGCCAUCAUAGCUGGAUACGUCAUACACCUCCGGCGCAUGAAAUUGAAGGCGCAGUCUCGGACAUUGAGACUGACACCAGAGACACACCCAAUGGCCCACUCCAGUGUGCCCCGGCGGCCCAGCAUUAGCGAGACGCACCACCCCCGCUACUUCCCGCAUAGUCCAUUCAAUAUCCUAACGCCAGGCAAACACCGUGACAACCCACUGUAUCCGGUGAUAUCACCUGAUCUGCAUGGAGUCACCAAGCUGGAGCAAGCACAGCUGAAGUUUGAGGCCAAGAUUGCCGAGGGCAAUUUCGGCACGGUGUGGCGAGCAGUGGCAAGCAAUGUGGAUGGCGAAGAGAGCACAACCGUGGCGGUGAAGACGUUGAAGGGCAGCUGCACCAAGCAGACGCAGAGCGGCUUCAUCAAGGAGGCGCAGGCAAUCAGUCGAUUCAAGCAUAUCAAUAUCAUUCGCUUGCUGGGCGUGUGUCCACCCAGCGAGGAUGGCUCAUCUCCGUUGUGUCUGGUGUUUGAGUACAUGGAGUAUGGCGAUCUACUGCACUUCUUGAAGGAAGCACAGAAGCAAAAGACGCCAAGCGUUGACAUCAAAGGCCGGCCCUUAGUCAGGACAGUGCUUGAUCAGUACCGACGUGAGCAAGAGAGUCUAGCACCGCGGCAUGCAUCCCAGUCUUCAGCACUGUCCACCAUCAGCCUAUUGCCACCAGACUUGUGCAAGCUAGCAGCACAGGUAGCCUAUGGCAUGCACUUCCUGUCCUCACGUCACUAUGUGCACCGUGACCUUGCUGCUAGGAACUGCUUGGUGGGCCGCAACAACAUUGUCAAAAUAGCAGACUUUGGCCUGUCACGUGAAGUUCAGAAUCGCGACUAUUACAAGCCCGAUUCGAGCUGGGGGACGCUACCGGUCCGCUGGAUGCCACCCGAAGUUAUCAGAUUUGGCAAGCACUCCACCGAGUCGGAUGUCUGGUCCUUCGGCGUGGUUCUCUGGGAAAUCUUCACGUUCGGUGGCAUUCCAUACUUCGAAUGUGACAAUGAGGAAGUCGUGAAGCGAGUGUGCGAUCUUGGAAAGCGCUUACCGCAGCCACACGACUGCCCUGUCAGCAUUUAUCAAAUGAUGCUGGAGUGCUGGUCAGCCAAGGCUAAUGACAGGCCAACAUUCCGUCAGCUUUGGAAGGACUUGACAGCAUGGAGGCCUCCCCGGGCAUCCCUGAAUGCAGCAGGUCUAGAAGAUGCUGAAGAUGAGCAGCAGCCUCACGCAUCACUGGCAAGUGAUGAUGAUCUAUUAGCCGAGGAUGAAGAAGAUCGCGAGGACGAUGAGAGAGAAGAUGAGGUCUUCGAAGGUGGCGACAGCUUCCUCUACGUUACGUCACCACAUGGAAACAUUGUUCCUGUACAGGAUGCCCCGGUUGGUUUGUCCAUCUCCCCAGGCAGUACCCUACCAAAGUUGCUUGACAGGCGAGCGCUGAAGAGUGACUCUGGUGUCCAUGUCAGUGCUUGUGAUAGCGUCGAGGAGUCUCCCAUGUCUGAUGACAACUUUACCGAUGGUUCGUUGUCAGAGUCGACACACGUUGUGGGCAGGCCUAGGAGUGGAGUGAGUGGAUUGAAACCAGUCAACCCGUGUUGUGACAAGGUAACUGCAAUCUCGCCUUCGUCCACCUGGGAUGGCAGCAUGCAGAGCGCGAGAUCAGUAAAGGCAGAGGCCACGUUCCUAGAAGACAGGUCGCAGGGAGAUGGCCUGGAACAGAAGCAACAGAUGUGUGAGUAUGAGCCAUCCACUACAAAUCCAUUGAAGCACACGGCAUCGGCCCAUAGCACAGACCCUCUAUCCCCAGCCCCGUGUGUAGCAGUGUAGCACUGAGAAUACACAACACAUGAGUGAAGACAACUGGCGUUUCAAUGACGACUUUCAUAUACUCUUUAUUUUUGUAGCACACCGGAUUAACCCACUUCAUCGUUCAUUAAUAUAGUUUUGAUAUCACUUUUAAAAUUGAUGUGACUUGAUUUGCACAGAACAGUUUCUGGCCUUUACUUUUAGCAAGAGCAGAUAUUUGAGUUUCUCAACUUACCAAUCUACCAGGUACUUGAAGUAUUUUCUUACAGACGAAGAGUAUAACUAUGCUCCCUGCUGUAACUCCCAAUUUGCAGAGUUUAUCCCAGACGUCACCCAGUAAGCUCACGUUUCAUGCUAUUAUCUGCAGUACCUUUAGUGUAUGCCGCAGCUCUAAAGUCGAAACAAAUAACUCUGAAAGUUUUCACAUCUCUCAAACUAAUGAAUUCAAAGUAAUUAUUUCCGCUUUAUCAAUAUUUUCCAUGGAUGUCACUGCUGAAAUAUCCUAUUCUUCAGAAAUCUACUUCAGGCUCGUUGGAUUCUCUACUCACUGGAUGUAUUCUGUGCAUUGGUUCUUUCUUUUAAAGAUACUGCCGGAUUUACAACCCGUCAUGAAUUU